AUGUCGACUACAAUCAAUACGAUUUAUACUUUUGCUACACAACAAAUAUCUAUCUAUUUUGGUAUCCCUAUUCUCAUUGGUGGAGUUCUUGGUGGAAUUCUUAAUAUUAUUGUCUUUCUUAGUCUUCAAACAUUUCGAGAAAGUUCAUGUGCAUUUUUUUUAACUAUCAUGUCAUUUGUCAAUAUUGGACAAUUGAUAACAGGAUUACUUUCUCGUAUUAUGAUUUCAGGAUUCAAUAUUGAUUGGACAGAAAUAUCAUUAUUUUACUGUAAAUUCAGAAUUAGUUGUCUUCAAGUUUGUGCAUUAACAUCCUACACAUGUAUGUGUUUAGCAGUUAUCGAUCAAUUACUGGCUACUUCUCUUCAACCUCAUUGGCAACAAUAUCUCAAUACUAAAAAAGCUUAUCGUUUAUGUGCAAUAGUUUUUGUCAUUUGGCUUCUUCAUAGUAUACCAUCAUUGAUUUGGUAUAAUCUUAGUUUUUCAGUAAGAACAGGAAAAGUUGGUUGUGUCAUAACAAAUCCUAUUUUUCAACAAUAUUAUACUUAUGUUUAUUUACUGAUUCUUGCUGGUGUUUUACCAAUUAUUAUUGAUAUUAUAUUUGGAUCUAUAGCAUAUAGUAAUGUAAGACAAAUACCUUAUCGAACAAUACCACUUAUUCGACGAGAAUUAGACAAACAAUUAACAACUAUGGUUCUUGUACAAGUUGUUUUUAAAGUCUUUAUUAUUAUACCAUAUAUUAGUGUUCUAUUUAUACUCAAUACUGCAAAUUUAUCAAAUAAUUCAAUUAAUGUUACUCAAUUAAAUUUUGUUAGUUUCAGUCCAUUUUAUAUAUAUAUUUGUGUAUCAAAAAGAUUUCGUCAACAAUUUAUUCAUGUUAUCUCUAUUAUUGUUUUUAAACAAUGGAAACGCCCGAUUACCGGUAUUAAUAGAGUGUCAGCAGAAGAACAGCAACAAUAA